UCACUUAGGGGUGCCUCCAGGACGGGGAAACUGCCCCUUGACCAGUCCUUUGCCUUUCGACCUGAUUUACACGGACUACCACGGUCUCCAACAGAUGAAGCAGCACAUGGGGCUCUCCUUUAAGAAAUACAGGUGCCGCGUCCGGGUCAUCGAUACCUUUGGGACAGAGCCGGCGUAUAACCACGAGGAGUAUGCCACGCUGCGCGGCUACCGCACCAACUGGGGCUACUGGAACCUGCAGCCCACCCAGUUCAUGACUAUGUUCCCUCACACCCCGGACAACUCCUUCAUGGGCUUUGUGUCAGAGGAGCUCAACAAGACAGAGAGGCAAUUCAUCAAGUCCAACAAAGUGAGCACCAUGGCAGUGGUGUACGGGAAGGAGGCCAGCAUCUGGAAGGGCAAGGAGAAGUUCCUGGCCAUCCUCAACAAGUACAUGGAGAUCCACGGCACGGUGUAUUAUGAGACGCAGCGCCCGCCCGAGGUCCCGGCAUUUGUGAAGAACCACGGGCUGCUCCCACAGCACGAGUUCCAGCAGCUGCUGAAGAAGGCAAAGCUCUUCAUUGGCUUUGGGUUCCCCUACGAGGGUCCUGCCCCACUGGAGGCCAUCGCCAACGGCUGCGUGUUCCUGCAGGCGCGUUUCAACCCUCCCCACAGCUCCCUCAACCACGAGUUCUUCCGCGGGAAGCCGACGUCGAGAGAGGUGUCCUCCCAACACCCAUAUGCUGAAGACUUCAUCGGGAAGCCGCAUGUGUGGACUGUCGACUACAAUAACUCCGAGGAGUUUGAAGCUGCUAUCAAAACCAUCAUGAGGACCCAGGUGGACCCUUACCUGCCUUAUGAGUACACCUGCGAGGGGAUGCUGGAGCGGAUCCACGCCUACAUUCAGCACCAGGAUUUCUGCACCACGUCGUCUCUUCCUCUGCCUCCCAAGGCCAAGAGUCCUGCUAUGCAAAGCCCUCCGAGCCCACUGGCCCUGUCCCCCAACACCACUCACCUGGUGUGGUCCCCCAGCGCCAGCCGGGACCCCCAUGCCUGGCCCCCGGUGGACUCGCUGCAGGUGUGGGUGUCGGAGCCCCAGCACUCCUGCACUGAGACGUGCCGGCGACGUGGGCUGGUCUGCGAGCCCACCUUCUUCAGGUUCCUCAACAAGAAGGAGGUGUUUCUCCAGCUCAGCAUCACCUGCGACAGCACCGAGUAUGAGAUGAACCAUCUUUACCCAGCGGUGGCUGAGAACGUCCAUGAGUGCUACCUCCAGAAGGAGCCACUGCUCUUCAGCUGUGCGGGCUACAACACCAAGUACCGGCGCCUCUGCCCCUGCCGUGACUACCACAAAGGACAAGUGGCUCUGUGCAGGGACUGCUUGUGACUUGGUGUGUCCUCCCACUCCAUUUUUGUGACACGCAACGUGCAACGGGUGGCUUUUUCUCAAAGCGUCUGCAAUAGCCAAGGGAGCUGGGACAGGUCCCUCCUGGCUGGUGAGCCGGGGGUGUCAUACUCUGGGGGUUGUUUCACCCACCAGUCAACUGUGAAUGACCAUGUCCUCACCUUUGGUUUCAUUUUCUUCUUGAGGAGCAUCGUCCAACCACAUCCAAACCCACCUGGACCUGGUGGUGCUG